UCUGCUCUUAUUCUUCACUUUUAUUAUCUCUAGUCUGUUUAUGCCACCACAUGACAAAAAGUCUGGAUAUGUCAGAGACACGUUAUAUAGUCUGCACACGGGUUGACAGCUUUAUACACUGGUAAUUACUACUACUACUACUAUUUUGUGAGUACAACAUGGUGGUGCAGAAGUAGUACCGGUCCAGGGUCCCUGGUUCAAUCUCAAGCUCUAGAUCCGGUUCCUUUGGUGUUUCUGUGCAUCUUCUCAUUCCAUUUGGGUUCCCUCCAGGUCGCCUUAAAAAGUAAUAUGUUGUUGCUGCUGGUAGUAAGUGGUGUUUUUUGUUUUACAAGUAGUAGCAUUUUUAUUGUUAUCACUAGAAGUAGAUGUAAUCGUACAGUUUUGUUUUAGUAUUAGUUGUAAUUGUAACGUUAGUUCUUUGUAGUAAUAGUGGUAGUAGGUUUGUUGUUGGUAGCAUAAGAGUAGUAAGUUUGUUGUUUUUAGCACUAGUAUUGGUUGUAGAUUUGUUGUUGUUAGCAGAAGUGGUUGUAGAUUUGUUGUAAUUGUUGUUAUUAUUAUUAUUAAUCGUAGUAGAUUUGUUGUUGGUGGUAGUAUAAGAGUAGUAAGUUUGUUGUUUGUAGCACUAGUAUUGGUUGUAGAUUUGUUGUUGUUACUAUAGUAAUAGUAAGUAUACUGUAGCGUUGUGAUUGUCCUGCAGAUUAAAUAGAGGGAAACCUCUGUAGCUGAGACGCAAUAGGCUAAACGAGCAGAAGCUAACGAGGAAAUGAGUGAAACAAACGCAGAAUGAGGAAGCAACAGAACAGAGAGAUUGAAACGCGGAAGAUCACGUUUGUCCAAGUGAAGUGCGCUUAGGUGCAGUGUGUCACAGGGCUUCCCCACUGAGUCUGCAGUGCGCGUCAAGACAAACAUGACCAACUGGACCAAAUCUUUGCUCUAUCACUGUGACGGACUUUUAAAAUCCGAUGAUUAAUGUACGGCGACUUGGUAAACGGAACAUGGAGCGAUCAAUCGCGGUGUAAAAAAAUCGCAGCACUCUGGAUCAGUGCACGUAAAUUUUCCUCUUAAAAUUAUUCCAUAAUCGAUGCCAAAAGAGAGGCGGAGGUCUCGGAAGGAGGCGUUGACCUGAAGCUCCUCUCUCCCACCAGCAGCGGAAAAGCGCGCCAGGGCCACUGCUCGUCCACGACGGUCUGUGAUGAGCGGCUGCCGAUGGCGAGCGCGCGCCAGGUGCCGCAGGUGACCGUGACGGCGGUGGAAGGCAGCGGCGCGCAGGAGCUCGAGUUCGAGGAGGUGGAGGCGCUGAACGGAGGCGCGCCGCUCCGCCGCAAACUCUCCAACUCGUCCGUGUCGUCCACUGGCUCGUCCGUGGGGUUAGAAGAGUCCGAAGACGACGUUCUGAGCGACAACGAAACGAAGAGCAAAGGGAUCGUUACUUUAGAGCAUGUAGGAGACGGAGGAGAGCAGGUCAAACCCUGGUGGAUGUUGAAGACUGUCGUCCAUUGGCAAGUUGUAGCCUCGCACAGAAAACGGUUGUCAUGGGUACAGUUAGCCGGUCAUAAAGGCAGCUUCAAAGCAGGAGAAGAGGGCACCAUCCUGAAGAAGUACGCCGAGAACGAGAAGCUGUGCUUCGAGAGCUUAAGCGGAGAUGUGUUGGGACAAUUUGUACCAGCGUACCGUGGAACGGUUGAGAGAGAUGGAGAGCUCUUCCUGCAGAUGAGCGACCUGCUGACCAGCUUUGAUGGGCCAAACGUCAUGGACUGCAAGAUGGGAGUGAGAACCUAUCUGGAGGAAGAGCUGGUGCGAGCCAGGGAGAAGCCCAAGCUGCGCAGGGAUCUGUAUAACAAAAUGCUGGAGGUGGACAGCGAGGCUCCUACUGCUGAGGAAAACAAGCAGCAGGCCGUGACCAAGCUCCGCUACAUGCAGUGGAGGGAGACUAUCAGCACCACCAGCACUCUGGGCUUUCGCAUCGAGGGCAUCAAGAAAGCAGACGGAACAUGCCGGACAGACUUUAAGAAGACUCACUCAAAGGAAGAAGUCACACAGGUCUUCAAGGACUUUGUCAGCGGAAACGGAAAAAUAAUUAACUCCUACAUUAGGAGGCUGGAGGAUAUCAAACAGACCCUGACGGCUUCAGACUUCUUCAUGAGACAUGAGGUGAUUGGGAGCUCGAUGCUGUUUAUCCACGACCACACAGAGCGAGCUGAAGUCUGGCUCAUCGAUUUCGGUAAAACCACAGCUCUCCCCGAGGGUCAGACGUUGGAUCACGAUAAACCCUGGCACGAGGGCAACCGAGAGGACGGAUACUUAUGGGGCCUUGACAACCUGCUGCUCACCCUCCGCUCCCUGCCAGUACAGUGUUCGCACUGAACUUAAACACGAACCCUUUUCCUUCGCGCCACGGGGAAACGCGACAAUCCUUUCAUUUGCAGAAUAAAAUCACUUGUGCUCUUUCGACGCUCUAGCUUCUGAGCUGUGUAUCAGCCAGCUAAUCUUUCAAACCAGUAAUUGUCCGAGAGUCAGGGAGAGCAUAAUUAAAUUCAGUGCCUCCUGUCCAUAGCUAAUAAAGUUGGAGAAUUUACAGAAGACACCAAUUAGUACCCAGUUUGCAUUCAGCCUAAAUUUAAAUAACCAUACAACCACAGUGAAGACCAUGAUUACACCAGUACACUCUUAGUACACAAUCUACCAUUACAGUACAAUAAACUGAAAGUUCAUUACCAACAAAUAAUCAUCAAAAAGGCGAGCCAGAUUCCUUUGAUUUGAGGUAAGCAUUUAUGGUGUAUUUUAUGACGAUUUGUCAGUGCUAAAGUGUACCAGACUGACAUGUAGUGUUCCUUUCAGAGGAUAAGAAACACAGAGCCUAUUAUGCAUGCCCAGCCUAAGCAAGAACAUUAUCACAAGACAUCCACCCACACCACAUCUGGGGGUGGCUCACCAGAUUUAUUUCCCACAUUCAUAUACUUGCUUUUCUCUUGAGCCUUAUCUUAAGACCAGUGUUGUGAUCAUGCUUUGUGUUCUCACUUUGAGGUGUUGUGGAAUGACUCACUUGUUUGUGCGGAGCCUGUUAGUGUGUUUAGUGCAAACGAAGACUCGGCUGUUCAUGCAGUUACUAGUAUAAUGGCAAGUGAACAUUGGCCUAAUGCAGGUUCUGACUCAUGAGCAAACUGAACCAACAGUCUUAGGAAUAUAAGGGCACAGCAGGAACCUUAGUCAUCUUUUCCACAGUGCAAUAAUGUGUAAUGCUGAAAAGGCUGCAUAUAAUGAUUAAAUAACAUGUGCUAGUAAAAAAACAAACAAAAAAAACAGUUUACUGCAGUGUUAACUAUUGCAGGCAGCAUUUUCAAUCAUUUGUAUUAUGUUUUGCUGCUCUAAUUGUAUUUGCACCAGAAGAGCAGAAAUAUUUUCCAGCUCUGGUAUUGUAGCCAUGUUGAGUUGAAAUCCCAGGACUGCCAAAGAACCAAUUUUGGACCCACAAAAUAGCUAAACCUUGAUCCUUUGUAGCGAAUUUGUGUUAAAACUAAAUCACGAUCAUCUCCACAAACUCCGUAAGUCACAUCACCAUGCCGCUCUGUGUGUUCCCCCCCCCCCCACCUUAAGUUCUUUCUUCUCUCUCACCUCCUGUGCUUUUUCUUAAUAUGGGACUGUCCCUAUUCUCUCUGUCGAAACAUUAAACACGUGUAUGGGUUUACGAGGGUCUGUGGGUUUUAACCAUGUUUAAACCCCUGAUCAUAUUUGAGACUUUCCUACUUGAAUAUCACUAGUAUGCAAUCAAUCAGUGUGUAUACAAACUGUUUCAGAUUGUUUUUAGAGCUCAUCUUGUGGCUUUUCUUGUUGAUAUUUUAAAGGCUUUAUGGUGUUUUUAUGUUGUUAAGCAUUAAGUGUAAGAACCUGGGCUGCAGUUUGCUUAUCUAGAUUUCUCUAAAAGUAUUUUUCAUGUCAGAUCGGACAAAUAUUUACCUUCAGACACUAUUGUUUUUAGGGACAAGGUGACAGUAUUUGUUGUCACGGGAUGAACACAUUUAAGAUGUUCUCAUAAUAAAUAUCUUUAGAAUGUU